UUCACCGAGAAUGCGAGUGCAACAUCAAGCCAACGACCCCACCAUUGCACGCCUUUCUAUGACUAAUAAGCCUGUUAGUAGUCAUGUCUCCAUGUCUUAAUCCAAUAAAGACCUGGGCAGUCCACUCGAGUCGCAAGCAAAAGUACGCUACGUUGCGGACCGGAAUACUCGUACCCCAGAUUCCAUUCAUUCCGAAUGCUUCAAUGCAGGAACCAACCACGUUCCUUAAAAUGGCAUCUCAUGCUACAAACGCAACACACCUAGCAUUCACAAACUCUACUUAGUCAUUUAUCACCCAAUCGAUAAUCACAAUGACGUCUAAUCACGCAGGCAAAGUCUACACAAUCACUGGCGGCGCGUCCGGCAUGGGCGCCGCAACCGCCAAACUCCUCGCCGAACGCGGCGCCGCAGCGGUCUGCAUCGGCGACUUCAACACCGCGAACUUCGAUACCAUCACCAAAGAAAUUAAAGAGCUAGCUCCGGCCUGCGAGGUCCUGACCACCCAAGUCGACGUCUCGUCUUCCGCCUCCGUCGCCUCCUGGAUCAGCACCGUCAUCUCUAAAUUCAACCGCCUAGACGGCAGUGCUAAUGUCGCGGGCGUGCCUCAAAUCGUCGGCGAGCGGCCCGCUCCCACUAUCCUGCUCGAGACGGACGAGACGUGGAAGCGGACGAUGAGCGUGAACAUCGACGGUGUCAUGUUCAGCACGCGGGAGGAGGUGCGGGCGAUGGUGGCGCUGCCGAAGGCGCCGCGGACGAUUGUGAAUGUGGCGAGUUUGGCAAGUGUGUUACAUACGCCGGAUUGCUAUGCGUAUGGGGCGAGUAAGAGGGCGUGUGCAAGUUUCUCGAGUAGUGUGGCGAAGGAUGUUUUCCCGUUCGGGAUUAGGGUUAAUACGGUGUCGCCUGGUGCGACUAUGACGCCGAUGAUGAGUCAGUUCUUCCCUGGGGGUGGGGAUCAGAAGUUAGAGGAUUUUGGAAUGGAUUUGCUGAGCCCGUAUGAUAUUGCGAGGGCAAUUGUGUAUUUGUUGAGUGAGGAGUCGGAUAAGAUCACGGGGGUCAAUUUGCCGGUUGGGACAGGGGCGCCAUGAGAGGGCGACGGAGUGGUCGAGAUAGUGAGGAAAGUUGAGGAAUGAAGCAUUUGUGAAAGACAGUUGAGAUCCGAAAGCAAUGCUCCCUUUUUGGGGAGGAAGAGGUCGAAUAUAACGAAAUGUGACAGGGUCAAACAUACU